UGCCGCGAGCUCAGUCACAUUUAAGCCGGCAAAAGAACAUAACAAAGAGCGAAAAAGCAGCGCCGCGCAAGCUAAACAAAGUCAAUGCUUGUCUGUCGCACAGCACAGUCAUGCCGCCUUCUAGGCAUACGCUAUGUGACGCUCACCUCCGCGCUUUGCCAUUUCUGCAAGUCAAGAACGCCAUCAAAGUCGUUCGCUUAUCGACGGCGUACGGCGCACGGCGCGACUACCUUGCAUGGGGCUGUUUUGCUUAAAAAGUAAAGAGUACACCUGCGUUUAUUUCAUUUGCGUUAAGACAGCCCGUUCGUUCAGAACGUUCACUCCAUAAAAGAAAAACAAUCUUCCAUACGUUUAUUCCGUAUAAACAAAAUACAGACAACGAGAUCGCGGCGUACGAGCGAACCAAAAGUGUUGCCGUUUGUUGAUCGUUAGUUUCUUCUAAAAGAAUCUAUUGAAAUUUAUUUCUAUUAUUUAUAUUCAAUGAUCGGUUUGUAAGCUUCUAAAAGUUUUGAGAAAAAAAAUCGCAUUACCAAAAAAGGUACGAACCGUAAAAAGAUCGAUCGAAGAUCGCCACUCAUUGACUGACUGAUCGUGCGAGCGUUGAAUGUCGUGUGUGUUUAUGUGAUCGGAAUUGAAAAUUGGAAAUUGGAAUUUUUCAACGUACAUUUAAUCGAUGAAAAACCUAAAACGGAGUCGAAGUUGAACAGGUUUAGUCAGCUUGCUGUUUAUUUUUUUUACACAAAUAAUUACUUGCGCACGCACUACUCUUACAAGUUCCUUAAUUUUAUGCGAAAUCGGCGUGGAAGUGCAAAUGGAUCUGUGUGUGUGCAUUUGAGUGAAGUAAUCACUAGUAAGUAAGCACAAAAAAAAAGGACCGAAUGACUUGGAGCGAAGUAAAAAAUCAAGCAAAUCAACUAAAAAUCGCAGAUAAAAUCGUAAACUGUAAUUUCGUGUAAGCUGCGACAUACAUGAAAAAUGCAUUCAUUAUAUCUUAACGAGCAUUUGUUUGAUGCACAAGCGAGUCUUGACCACAGCAGCGAACAUAGCAGUACGCCAGUGUCCGUUGUGUCGGCGAAGAGUACGCAACUUUGCGUGAAAGCGCCUAAACCGAUUGAGAAGAAAGUUGUGCUUGCGUUGAAAAAAUUAUUGAAGUGAAGGACACGCUAGUCAGCUAGCAAGUGAGCAAGUAAUCGAGAACAAAGAACGACACUGAAAAGUGAAAGUCAAGGAAGUGACACUAUAAAGCGCACAAAAUACAAAGUUGGAGGAAAAAGUGUUCCACAAGUUCAAUUCAGUGUUAGCGGUAGUAAACUUAUCGAAAAGAUAUUUUGAGAAAUUCUAAAGUGUAGAGAAAUAAGUGGAAAAACUUAUAAUUGGCACGAUUGAGAAAAAAAGUUGUUGGUUUUUGAGAAAAAAAUUAGUAAACUGUGAUAAAAGAAGUUUUAAAGCAACUAAAAGUAGCUUCAUAGCCGAAGCAAAUGAAAAUACACUAAAGACGAAAAAAAGAGAAAUUUUAAAGAAAAGUUUUAGCUAUUUUUUAAUAAAAAGUGAAUAGUUUGUAAAGAAAACUUAACAACGAACUCGCCGAAGCUAACUUUUAACGAAUAAAAAGUUUCGUCCUUGAACGAAUUUCCACAACGAAUUUUAUUUUUAAUACUAAAUAAAUAAAAAUUAAAAAUAAUUAAAAAAAAUAAAAAAUAUUGCGUAAAAUUAAAAUAAAAAUUUAAAAAGUCAGUCUACACAAAAACUAUACACCGUGCAAAAAAAAAACGAUUUUUGUUUUUUAACAUUUGAAGUCAUAAAAAUUUACACUGUGCCACCAAUAACAACUUUCCCGAAAGCAGUAUUAAAAGAAUCCUAGCAACACAAAAAAUCCAUUCAAAUCCCCACACGACAAAAAAAAAACAAAAAUCUACAAAAUGAUCUUCAAUAAGUACAUCGAAAAACUUUCGAGCUCCUUUGGCGCAAGCGCCAAGCAGCAACAAGCCAAGCACACAGAAGUCAGUGACUACAAUAACACACGCAAUGUGGAGUAUGAGAAAGCAAUGGCCGCCAAUUACAUCAACUGUGGCCAUUACUAUCACUAUAAUCAAAGUCAUAUAGCUUCGAAAAAGAAGAAACCAAAUAAAAGUCAACAGCAGCAGCAGCAGCAACAACAACAGCAGCAGCAGCAGCAACAGCAUCAACGCAACUUUUUAAGCACAGAUGAAUUGGCAACAAUAAAUAAUGGCCAAAAUAGCAGUAGUUGUUGUAAGAGCAACAACAGCAGCAGCAACAACAAAAGCAUUAGCAAUAAUACAACAAGUCACACUCAUAGUCAAAGUAAUAAUUACCUAAAAGUGCCACAACAAUCGCAUCAUCCGACACGCCUCAAUGCCAAAGAUAUACCUGCGCUACGCAUCUCUACGGAUGUGCAUAUUACUCGAGAUGCCGCGGAUGGAUAUGCUUGUGUGAGUGGCGGCGACAUAUCACCCUCGUCGCAUUACUACGAAGGUGACUUCUAUGGCACGCCGCUUUCACCGCUGAAUCCUUCGCCUGCCUCGUCGUAUACGACCUCACUCUCGACGGAAUCGUUGGCAGCUGGUGCCUGCAGUCCCAGCACCUCGAUGUCGGCUGCCUCGACGCCCACAUCGUUGUCGACGUCGCCACCGCGUUUUCACAGUCGUCCGCCAUCGUUGCGGCUAUCCAAGGAGUUGGCCGCGAUUUACAGCAAAUUGUUACACUUUCCUUGCCUGUAA